AUGGAGGCGAUCCUGGCAGGGGCAGGCAGCCUGGCGGAUGGCGCCCCUGACGGCAAACAGCAGCCGUCUCGGCAGCAGCAGAAGCAUGAACAGCAGCUGCCAGCCGAGCUGGAGCAGCUGCGGGUGCAGCUGCAGGCCGCACAGAGCGCGGUUGAUGGGCAGCGCCUGCACGAACUGGCCGUUCUGGAGGACAAGCAGCGAGCGGCAGAUGCCGCUGCAGAUGCUCUGCUGGCCAUGGAGCAGGAGGAGCAGGCGCAGCAGGCGGAGCAGCAGGCCGCGCAGCAGGCCAAGAAGGCAGCCAAGAAGCAGAAGCAGCAGCAGAAGAAGAAGGAGCAGGAGGAGGCCGCGGCGGCGGAGCGGCGCGCCGCCGAGGCCGAGCGCCAGGCUGCCGAGGCGCAGAGGCAGCGGCAGCGCGAGGAGCAGCAGCGCAGGCAGCAGCAGCAGCGGCAGCAGCAGCAGGAGGAGCAGGCUGCUGCCGCGUCCAAGAGCAAGAAGAAGAAGCAGAAGAAGCAACCCUUGUCAGCGGGGCGCGUCGCCGAAUCAGCCACACCCGUUGCAGCAGCAGCAGCACCUCCAAACGGCAUGCACGCCGAGGGCCUUGCUUCGGAGGUUUGGGAAGGAGCAGCGGCAGCUGGCUGGGCGGCAGACGAGGCAGUCGUCUCACAUGCAGCGGGCCCCGGCCCAGCAGACGCAGCAGCAGCAAGCAGCGAGCAAGACCAGCUGGAUGAGGUUCAGUCCCUGCUGGCUCAGCUGAUGCCUGGCCUCUUCACAGGUGGCAGGCCCUCUGCAGCCCCAGGCGCAGGCGCGGCAGGAGCGGCUGGCGAUGCCAGCUGUAAUGCCGUCGUGGAGCAGCACCAGGCGCAGGAACAGCUGCAACAGCAGCAGCAGCAGCAGCAGCAGCAGCAGCUAGUGCAGCAGCCGGGCGACGAGCAGGACUGGCGCGAGCCAGCCCGCUCCUCCCGCCUGCCUGCGCCGCUGCGGGCGGUGCUGCAGUGCCCGCUCACGGGCUGCCUGAUGUCCGACCCCGUUGUGCUGGCGGACGGGCACAGCUACGAGCGCGGCGCGGCAGAGGCGUGGCUGGCGCAGAGCGGCUGCUCGCCGCUGACGGGCGAGCCGCUGGCCUUCACCGCCUGGCGCCCCAACCACGCCCUGCGGCAGCUGAUGGAGGAGGGCGUGUAG